GUGAAUUUGCAUAUAAAAUUCGUACAAGUGCCUGCCUGGUCAGCUCAUCAGCCCUACUCUCCAUCUCGGCGCUUCGUUGUGAGUUAACGAAAUGAGCAGCAGCCCGGUGGUGAAGCUGGGGCCGUGGGGGGGCGACGACGGGGUGGCCCACGACAUCACGGUGGCGCCGCAGCGGCUGGAGAGCAUCACCAUCCGCUGGGGCAAGGUCCUCGACUCCGUCGCCUUCACCUACAGGGACAAGGACAACCAGCUGCACACCGCCGGGCCCUGGGGCGGCGCCGGAGGGGAGAAGGAAGACCCGGACACGAUCACGUUGGGCCCCUCGGAGUACAUAACUCAGGUCGACUGGUCGGUGGGACCGUUCAAGCUCAAGGAGAUCGAGCACUGCAUCACCUCGCUCAAGUUUGUGACCAACCAGGCCAGCUACGGCCCGUUCGGGUACGCGGUGGACAGCACGCACUACAGCCUGCCCGUGCUCAACAACGGCAGCGUCGUCGGCAUGUUCGGCCGCGCCGGAGACUACCUCCACGCCAUCGGCUUCUACGUCCUCCCAGAGACCAGUCUCGCAUCUUGAGUUCCCAUGUGCAUUGAUCCUGUCCAUUGUUUAGCAUUUAAAAUAAAUGGUUCGUCUUGAUUUUUGAAUAUUACGAGUUCCUUUAAUAAAUGGUUUGUCUUGAUUGUUGAA